AGUUUACAUUCGUGUAAACAAUAAGGAAUUUGCAAGAGAUGAAAAAUCAUUAAAAAAAAAAAAUAUCCAGUAUCAUAAAAGCCCAGCAGAUCAGCUGCCAAUAAUAUAGCCAGCAGAUUAUACAAUUUCCAGCAUAACAUGCAAGCAAUCCUAAGAAAAAAUAUUAAGAAAAUAAUAGAAAAGAAAAUAAAAAAUCACUAAUAAGUAAGUAAUUUCCAAUCGUCGAACCAUGAUUUUAACUGGAAGGAAAUAAAAAUAUUGGACAAAGAAGCAUCAUAUAACAAGAAACUAAUAUCUGAGAUGAUCUUUCUAAAGAAACAGACACAAGGCUUAAAUAAAGAGAAUGACACGGAAUCACUUUUCGAUGGAUAUCUUCCGUUAGUUCAGUCAUUAUCUCCAUCAUAAUGUCUCCACUCGUUAAUGUCCCCAUCUAUUACAUUUUUGCUUUGUCGAAAUUACUCUCUUGUUUUCGUGGCUCAUUUCAACAACAAAGGACACUUAACAGCCAAAUUUUAAAGACUAUUUUAAGAGGUCUGAUUAACGAUGUAAUUGCGGACUUUCAUAUCCAGCAAUGAAUCCUAUGCGAUCGACAACUGUCCAGAGCAGUGAGGAAUCAAGAUCAACACGUAACGAAGAUCACAAUACUUUUGCAGUUUUACAUUCAAGAACUGAAGAAGAGAAGCAGAGGCGCAGACGAAAAUGGCAACGCCAGCAAAAGCGAGAGAGACAACAUGAAAAAUUGAAGGAGCAAAAAAUUUUAGAAUAUGAAAGAAAACAUGCACAAGCUUUAAAAUAUGCCAAGAAAAAAUCCUCGCGUCACAGUCAAAGUAAAAGUGAUAGUGAGUCUCCCUCGCAUGUUCCAUACAGAGGUAGAUCUACAUCAACUGCUUCCAAAUCUGGUAGCCUCCAUGAAAAAUUAGAUGGGUCUACAAGUGGAACAGUACCUUUAUUUAGAGGUCCUCAAAAUGCACAGAUUGAUACUUCGGAACUACGUCGAAUUAAAGUUGAUAUUCAUAGGAAUAUUCCUGUAAAAGGACCUGUUACCGAAUUAGAGAGAGAUAUACUUAAUCCUGAAGAUGUGAUCGUCAAGAGAAGAGAGGGAGAAGGAUGUAGACCAAUAUUCGAUAGGGAAGAAUUGAAAAAGGUUAUAAAUAAGAUUAACGAAAUAGAAGUACGACACACAGAUGUAGUCAUAGAUAAAGAACAAUCGGCCUCGACAAUCAAGUCACGUUCUUUGAGGAAACGUUCUUUAUCCUUGAGUCCUAUUAGGAAUCGUGUCUAUUCUGGAUAUCCAUCUUCCUAUCAAUCCAGUCGUCGCAUGGAUUUGAAGCAUCAGGAUAAGACAGAAAAAUGUGAUACUCGUAAAGAUGAUGGGAGAAGCGAUUUAGAGAAACGCAGAGAAUAUAAAGAGAAAUAUACUGAAAGAGAUGGCGCAAAUAAGCAUGAUAAUAAUCGAUCGCGUUCAAGAGAACGUAACUCACAUUCCAGGUAUAGAACAUAA